AUGAAAACGGGUGAAGUCGAGAUUGAUGUCUCUGAUCUGAAAGUGCUGAACCGAGCCUCACCUAAUCUACCUAUGUUACCAGAUGCAGAGGCUAGUGAGAGGACACGUCUCACUUACCGAUAUAUUGACAUGCGCACUGAGCGUAUGCAAAGGUAAAA